GGACCGGCUGGACCUGCGCGUCACGGGGGAGCUGCCCCGGCACGCCAUUGGCGGAGAGCUUGCCACGUGCACAUGUCUCCACUAUUGCCACCGAGAGCUCGUUUGAUUACCUGCCAGAUUCUCUUCAUAGGCGGUGGACGGUUCAACGUAAAAAAGGUGCGCAAAGCCAGCCGCCGUGCAUUAACCUGCCACCCGUGAAUGCCUGCCAGGAACCGCCAUGGCGCUGAGCUCGACGUUCGACAUUGACGCACCGCGAUGGGACCAGUCCACGUUCACGGGCCGGCUGAAGCACUUCUUCAACGUCACCGACUGGCGGACGGCGCUCUUGCCUGACUCGCGCCUUGACGAGGCCAAAGCCUUAGUGGAGAGCUGUAGGGCGGGUUCCGUUCCGCCAGGUACCACUGAAGAACAGCUCCACUAUGCCAAAAAGCUUUAUGACUCCGCCUUCCACCCCGACACGGGGGACCGCAUGAACCUCAUCGGACGUAUGUCCUUCCAGGUGCCAGGAGGUAUGGCCAUCACCGGCGCCAUGCUCCAGUUCUACAGGACGGUUCCAGCGGUCGUGUUCUGGCAGUGGGUGAACCAGUCCUUCAACGCGCUGGUUAACUACACCAACCGCAACGCUGCAUCCAGCAUCACCCCCAAGCAGAUCGGCGUCGCCUACGUGACGGCGACCAGCACGGCUUUAGCCACGGCGGUCGGGCUCAACCUCUACACAAAGAGAGCCCCCCCUCUGGUCGCCCGAUGGGUGCCCUUUGCGGCCGUGGCAGCGGCCAACUGUGUCAACAUUCCCAUGAUGAGGCAACAGGAAAUCCUCAACGGCAUCGCUGUCACCGAUGAAAACGGGAACAAACUGGGCCACUCACAGAAAGCGGCUGUGAAAGGCAUCACCCAGGUGGUCAUCUCCAGGAUUACCAUGGCCGCACCAGGAAUGAUCAUCCUCCCCAUCAUCAUGCAGCGCCUGGAAAAAUACAAAUUCAUGCAGAGAAUCACGUACCUCCACGGGCCCAUUCAAGUGAUGAUGGUGGGCGUCUUUUUGGUCUUCAUGGUGCCGGCGGCCUGCUCGUUGUUCCCACAGAAAUGCUCCAUUGCCGUGUCAAAACUGGAACCGGAACUUCGUGACUCCAUUGUGUCCAAGUACGGCGAGGCCGUGCAGCACGUCUACUUCAACAAAGGCCUCUGAGGCCUUAACAGAACUUUUAUGCCAUUUAUCUUUUUUCCUAGUGAUUAUAUUUCAAGAGGUGCUUCCACAGUACAGUAACUUUGUAUUUUUUAUAAUUCUGUUAUGAUUCUCAAAAUGAAUUAUUCCUCUUCUCCCCCCCUUUCUUCCUUCACAAACCAAAUGAUAUAUUCUCAGGAAAUUUCUUUGCUUCAUCACAGGACUCACUGUCAGAACUAAGCAAAAACAUGUUCUGAAGCCUUUUUUUCUUAAGUGUUACGUGCCUUCGAGAGCGUUGCUUUGGCAACAACAAGACUCCUGGGAUGCUCCCCCCCCCCCCCCCCCCCCCCGCCCACCACCCCCACCAAGCUGACCUCUACGCAUGGACAAAGUGAGGCUGAGUGGACAAACAACUCUGCUCUCACUCUUUGUCAAAUAUGGGAGCAACAGUGCAAGGAAUGGGGGCGGGGGGAUGCUGCCUUCUGGUGGCGGAAAGGAGGGAGCUAGACUGGUUACAAUGGUUGUUAGUGGGUUUUUUUGCAUGAUUCCGCUUGAAAGUUGACCUCACAGAAGUAAAAUCACACCAUAAUCUUCAGCAUAAGCUGGAAUAAAGACCUACACAAUGUUGGAAUUCAUGUUG